GGCGGGGCCAGAGCGGCGCGUGGGUUCGCUUGGGUUUCACAAUUAUAACAACUUUAUCUUCGCAGGCGAAACGCAUUUUAUUGUCAAAUACCCCCCAUUCUGUGCGCCAUAGACGACAGUUUUUUUUGCAUUCAAAAAACAGCUACGUCGUAUUACUUUGCUAUGAAAAAUGUGACGUUAGAGCAGCUACCCGGAGAGCGCUUCAGUCCCCCCCGACAGGAUUUACUACAUCGCAUCGCAUCUGAUUAUCCUGGGGAAAAGUUUCCGAUCAUUGUGUUUCCGCCAGUUUCCCCCCUUUGAUUCGGCGGAGCAGAGCAGUCGGUGCCGGUGUCGCGCCGGUGUUUCCCAUGCAGUCGUGCGGCGUGUCCGUCGCCGCCGCCGCCGCCUGCGCCGCCGCCCGGAGCCUCGGCGCGGCUCCCAGCGAUGAGGAAAAGAAGAUGGCGGCGGGAAAAGCGAGCGAACCAGAGGAGGACUUCCCGACCCUGACAGCCCAGGAGAGGGACACUUUAACCGGGAUCGACAGCUCACUGUUUGGAUUUCAGACGCUCCGUGAAGAUGGCGCCAGAACGAAGGCCCUGCUGGUGAAGGCUGUUCGCUGCUAUGAUUCGCUCAUCCUUAAGGCAGAGGGCAAAGUGGAGCCUGAAUUAUUCUGCCAGCUCGGCCACUUCAACCUCCUCUUGGAAGAUUAUCCAAAAGCAUUAUCAGCAUACCAGAGGUACUACAGUUUACAGUCAGACUACUGGAAGAAUGCUGCCUUUCUGUACGGCCUCGGAAUGGUCUACUUCCACUAUAAUGCCUUUCAGUGGGCAAUCAAAGCAUUCCAGGAGGUGCUGUACAUCGACCCGGGCUUCUCCCGGGCCAAGGAGAUCCACCUACGCCUGGGUCUCAUGUUCAAAGUCAACACAGACUACGAGUCAAGCCUAAAGCAUUUUCAGCUGGCUUUGAUUGACUCCAACCCCUGCACUUUGUCCAAAGCUGAAAUUCAAUUCCACAUUGCUCAUUUGUAUGAGAUUCAGAAGAGAUACCGGGCUUCCAAGGAGGCGUACGAGAGCCUGCUGCAGACGGAGGAUCUCCCUGCACAGGUGAAGGCCGCUACCCUGCAGCAGCUUGGCUGGAUGCAUCACACAGUGGAACAGCUCGGGGACAGAGCCAGCAGGGACAGCUAUGCCAUCCAGUGUCUGCAGAAAUCUCUGGAAGCUGACCCCAACUCUGGACAGUCCUGGUACUUCCUUGGCAGGUGCUACUCAAGUAUUGGGAAGGUCCAGGAUGCCUUUAUCUCUUAUCGGCAAUCCAUAGACAAAUCAGAGGCCAGUGCGGAUACUUGGUGCUCAAUAGGGGUGUUGUACCAGCAGCAGAACCAGCCCAUGGAUGCUCUGCAGGCCUACAUCUGCGCCGUGCAGCUGGACCACAGCCACGCCGCCGCCUGGAUGGACCUCGGCACGCUGUACGAGUCCUGCAACCAGCCGCACGACGCCAUCAAGUGCUACAUCAACGCCACCCGCAGCAAAGGCUGCACCAACACCGCCGCGCUAACCCACCGCAUCAAAUGUCUCCAGGCUCAGUUGAGUAACCCCCAGCUCAGUAGCCUUCAGGGUAAAACUAAAAUGCUCCCUCUUAUUGAGGAGGCAUGGAGUCUACCAAUCCCAGCUGAGCUAACCUCCAGGCAGGGAGGCCUGAGCAGUGCACCACAGCAGGCUUGUAAGCCCAAUCACAGUGCGGAGGGCGGGGUCUUGGGUCAGUCUCUGCCCCCUCACGUGGGCGCGCUGGCUCAAGCCGAGGACCAGUCCUGUCCAGCCAAGAGGAGGAGAGCGUCCAGUCCCGGCAAGAGUGAUUCCUGGACCAGUAAUCCUGCACAGCAGCCUGCACCCAACUGGCACCUCUCCCCACAGAAAUUACAGGUGCUGGAACAGCUGCGGAGUAAUCGGGCCAACCUUAAACCCCCUCAGCUUCAGAUGUUGGAGCAACUGGAGGCUCAGCUCGCCACGAUGCAGCAGAUGAGACAGAACCCCUCAGGAGGUCAGGUGCGCCCCUCUCUCCCCAACGGCCCCGCCACCAACUCCCUCCCCUCCCCCAACCCCAGCCUCCACCCCACGCGGCCCCAGCCGGGACCCCACCGGCCGCUCUGCCCCCCCCAGCCGCUGGCCAACGGGCCGCUGGGCUCGGGGGCACACGGACACUCAGACUCUGUGGGUGACCAUAGUAACAGUGGUAGUAAUAAUCAGCCCGGGCCCCCGGCCACGGGACCCAACGGAGACGUGCCUUACCCGCCCGCUGCCGGCAGCAGCAACGCAGCACCGCUACCUCACACCUGCACAAGCACGCUAACACAGGACGCCACGCCGCGCCAGGCCCUGCACCUAAACUCCUCUCAGGGGCUUCAGAAGGGGUGUGUUCAACAUGCGACCGGCUCAAACAGUGAGGGGACCCCCUCUCAUCCCCAGAUCCCCAACUCCAACCCCCCUGUUCCCCCCAGCAAUCAGGUUGGACAUUCCAGUAAUGCCCCUUCGCCGCGGCAACCGCCUCACAACCACCUCCCCUCCCCUCCCUCCGUCCCCCACUCCUCUACCUCAGGUGGUGCCGCUACCAAAGAUGACAACACCGCAGCCACUCUCGCCCCGGCCGCCCUCGGAAACGGGGGCUCGGAGGGCCGAACGCCGCUGCCGCCGCCCCCCGCCGAUGGCAAAGCGGCGCCGGCGGACGGCGUAGCCAAUCACGUACACGCGGACGGCGACAAGGCGGCGGAAGGCGGCGAGAAGCCGAGCCUUAGCGCAGACAAUCCCAGGCUAUCCGCCCUGCUGGCGGGGGGGAAGGCCCCCGACGGGGGGGAGGGGCCGUCGGAGGGGGCGGCGCCCGCCGCCUCGGCGGCGCCGGACUCUCAAAGGAAAGUCAACAACAUCCACCCGGCCGUCCUGCCCUCCACCCCCCACGCACAAGGCAGCUCGGCUGCCUCCUCGCCCAUCUCCGCCAUAUCCACCGCCACGCCCUCGCCCAAGUCCUCGGAGCACACCCAGACGGGCGGCCACAGCCCCAGCGCGUCCGCCGCGCCCACGCUCAACGGCAACGGCAAGGGGGGCAUCUCGGAGGACUCCCAAAGCCCCCUGAAGGCCGAGCCGCCCGCCGUCAGCUGCCCCAAGGCCACGCCGCCGCACGGCCACGGCUCCUCCUCCUCGUCGUCCUCGUCCUCGUCCAUAUCCAUCUACCCCAGCUCCACAGACGUGCUGAAGGCCUGCAGAAACCUGGGGAAGAACGGGCUUUCAAACAGCAGCAUCCUCCUCGAUAAGUGCCCCCCGCCCCGGCUGCCGCCCCCGCCCUCACCAGCCCUGCCCAAAGAGAAGCUCAACCCUCCCACGCCCAGCAUCUACCUGGAGAACAAGAGAGAUGCCUUCUUCCCCCCACUGCACCAGUUCUGCACAAACCCCUCCAACCCCGUCACGGUCAUCAGAGGCCUGGCCGGAGCUCUCAAACUGGAUCUGGGCCUGUUCUCCACGAAGACUCUGGUGGAAGCCAACCCGGAGCACCUGGUGGAGGUCUGGACGCAGCUCUCGCAGCCCGCCGACGAGAACUGGGACCCGAGCGGCACCAAGAAAAUGUGGCGCUGCGAAAGCGCCCGCUCUCACACCACCAUCGCCAAAUACGCCCAGUACCAGGCCACUUCCUUCCAGGAGUCCCUGAGGGAGGAGAACGAGAAGAAGGCCCUAAAGGAGCCUUCGGACUCGGAGCCGACGUCAGCAGAGAGUGCUGCACGGAAAAGACGGGGACCCUUGAAACACAUCAAGUUUGGAACGAACAUCGACGUCUCGGAUGAAAGGAAGUGGAAACAGCAGCUGCAGGAGCUCAGCAAGCUUCCGGCCUUCGCCCGCGUCGUCUCCGCCGGCAACCUGCUGAGCCACGUGGGCCACACCAUCCUGGGCAUGAACACGGUGCAGCUGUACAUGAAGGUGCCGGGCAGCAGGAUACCGGGCCACCAGGAACACAACAACUUCUGCGCCGUCAACAUCAACAUCGGCCCCGGGGACUGCGAGUGGUUCGCCGUGCCGGAGCCGUACUGGGGCGUGAUGAGCAACUUCUGCGAAAAGAACAACAUUAACUUCCUGAUGGGCUCGUGGUGGCCCAACCUGGAGGACCUGUAUGAGGCCGACGUGCCGGUCUACCGGUUCAUCCAGCGACCGGGAGACCUGGUGUGGCUCAACACGGGAACCAUCCACUGGGUGCAGGCCAUCGGCUGGUGCAACAACAUCGCCUGGAACGUGGGACCGCUCACCGCCCACCAGUACAAGCUGGCCGUGGAGCGCUACGAGUGGAACAAGCUCCAGAGCGUCAAGUCCAUGGUUCCCAUGGUGCACCUCUCCUGGAACAUGGCACGCAACAUUAAAGUGUCCGACCACAAGCUGUUUGAGAUGAUCAAGUACUGCCUGCUGCGGACGCUGAAACAGUGCCAGUGGGUGAAGGAGGCCUUGGCGUCCGCCGGCAAGGAGACGGUCCUGAGGCCGAGGACCAGGGACGAGCCGGCCCACUACUGCAGCAUCUGUGAGGUGGAAGUCUUCAACCUACUGUUUGUGCGCCGCGAGCUCCUGUCCAAGAAGCAGCACGUGGUCCACUGCCAGGACUGCGCCAGGAAAGGCAGCGCCACGCUGGACGACUUCGUGGUGCUGGAGCAGUACAGGAUGGAGGACCUGAUGCAGGUCUAUGACCAGUUCACAUUAGCCCCUCCUCUUCACUCAUCUUCAUCUUGACAUUAGGCGACUCUUCUCUUCUUCUGCUCUGGAGCCAUGAAGCCCAUUUUACACAGACUUGUAUUAAGAUUUUAAAUAAAAGAACAACUCAACAUCUACAUAUACGGACCAUUUCUGAUAUUCAGGAAAGCCAAGGCCGUCUCCCCCUACCCCUCACCACCGCCCCUCCCUUAUGGGUGGUCUCCAUAGCGACGGCCGGAGGCUGAGGCGGCCGAGUGUGUCUGUCUAUGCAACCUGUUUGAAGCGCUGGGGCCUUCCAUAAGGGGGCACCACCUGGCUCAAAAACGGGACUUGUUUUUUUUCUCUUCUCUUUUUUUCGUUUUCUCCCCCCCUCGUCCCCCUCCCAGCCCCCCCCGCCCUUCUAAAGACAAUGGUUCAGCCCACUUUUUAAUGGAGGACUUAAUCAAAUGAGGUCGGGAACAGGGGGGGACGAGGGGGUGGGAGUGGGAUUUUUAAAGCGUGGUAAAAAAUGUUUUGUAGAUACUUGUUCACUGUCACAACUGGCAACACCACCCGUAAAAGACUACUGACUUGACAACCCCUCUCUCCCUCUGUCUCUCCCUGUUUUUCUAUUCUGGUAACAGGAUGAAACGUUGGCUUUGAUUUAUGGAACUCCCCCAGAUUUUCUUCUGUUUUUUCCUUCUAAGGAGCACUAGCCUAACUGGUCUUUUUCUAUGGUAGUUAGUAAUUUUAAGACUCUUUGGACAGCAAAAUCUCCCUAGAAAAGAAAAAAAAAAGAAAAAAAAAAUUGUAAUGUGAAGAGUUUUAGGUGAGUUUCUUUUUUUCAGUUCUUUUUUUUUUUUCUUUUAAUUUUUUUUACAGCUUUUUUCUGUUUUAUCUUCGUCUCCUUCUUUUCAAAUCUGACAUUUUCUGUUUUUCUUAGGUAUAAAAAACAAAAAAACAACAAAAAGACAAAAACAAGAAGAAAAAAAAACAAAAAAAACUUACUAGCCAAGUCACAAAGAAAAUGGGUUGCACAUAGACUUAUGGAAUUAAGUUUGAUUUGUGAUUUUUGUUUUGUUUCUAAUCUUGAUGUAAAUUUACACUAUUUAUAAAUGCAUAUUUAUUGCUUGAAAAUAUUUGUUGAUGGAAUGCUGUUAUUUUUUUCCAGAGUACCUGCCAUUAAAUUUGAAGGAGUUUUGUCAUUUUAACACGACUCCUCUUACAUUUUCUAUAUAUAAAUAAAAUUGCUUAGCAAGCAUUGUACAGAAACGGACAUUUAAAAUUGUUUUAUUGUUUGAAGAAUGUUUUAUGAGUCAAUAAACACAAAAGUUGUCAAAUUA